GGCACCGAUGGGGCAGCCUGGGGUCCUUGAGCAGGAGGUUGUCGGCACGGGUGUGUUACAUUACAGUCUCCUUCAGUUCGCCCUCCAACCGGCCGGACACCGCACACUGGCUCAGCGCUGGGAAUAAGUUCAACAGUCGCGCCUGAAUAACCUCACGCAACUCAUUUUAACAGAUAAAAUGGCAAUUCCCCCAACAUAUGCUGAUCUUGGCAAAUCUGCCAAAGACAUCUUCAACAAAGGAUAUGGAUUCGGUAUGGUGAAGCUCGAUGUCAAGACAAAAUCAGCCAGUGGAGUGGAAUUCAAGACUGCUGGUUCCUCCAACACGGACACCAACAAAGUGGUGGGCAGCCUGGAAACCAAAUACAAGAGGUCUGAGUAUGGGCUGACCUUCACAGAGAAGUGGAAUACUGACAACACCCUGGGCACAGAGAUCGUCAUCGAAGACCAGAUUACAAAGGGACUGAAGUUGACCUUUGACACAACCUUCUCACCAAACACAGGAAAAAAGAGCGGAAAAGUCAAGACCGCAUACAAGCGGGAGUACGUCAACCUGGGCUGUGACGUUGACUUUGACUUUGCCGGUCCAACCAUCCACGGCGCUGCAGUGGUCGGCUAUGAGGGAUGGCUCGCCGGUUACCAGAUGUCCUUCGACACUGCCAAGUCCAAGAUGACCCAGAACAACUUUGCUGUAGGCUACAAAACCGGAGACUUCCAGCUGCACACUAACGUUAAUGAUGGCUCAGAGUUUGGUGGCUCCAUCUACCAGAAAGUGAGUGAUAAGCUGGAGACGGCUGUGAAUCUGGCCUGGACAGCAGGAAGCAACACCACACGCUUCGGGAUUGCUGCCAAGUAUCAGCUGGACAAAGACGCUUCCAUCAGUGCUAAAGUGAAUAACACCAGCCUUGUCGGUGUCGGUUAUACUCAGACUCUGAGACCAGGUAUCAAGUUGACCCUGUCGGCCCUGGUUGAUGGAAAGAGCAUCAAUUCCGGUGGCCACAAGCUGGGCUUGGGCCUGGAGCUGGAGGCCUAAACCUGCUCCUGCUUAACGUCAGGGACAAGGGAAUAUCAGAGAAAUCUGGCCUUAAAUCUAACUCCAACAGCAACCAGCAGGGGGAUUCCAGAUGAGAUGAGAUGCGCGUAAAGGCUCAUCAAAAGCGAUCAUGUUUCUUUUUGUCACCUCCUGGUCCUCAUGCCCUUGUUUGUUUUUCAAUUGUAGUUGUUCUCUUAUAGACAUUCAGCUACAAAUUAACUACUACUUCAUCUCUCUCCAGCACUGCCACAGUAAUGAUAUACUCUUUGGGACGGAGGGUGUCUGUGGCUUUCUGUUGUGUUCCCUUCUCAGUAAGCCGGUGGUGGGUUUGGGGCGGAUUUGUGACACAACUGUCUCUGAUUUCAUCAUUUGUAUUGUAUCUGAUAUUCCUUAGUCGUCUGAAUGCGAUUCAAGCCACCACUUAACUCGAUAUUAAAGGUUAACCCUGCUAUUAUUUAAAUGCUGUUAUACUGUUUUCUUCUUUCCAUGCACGCAAGGACAAGCUUAAGCAGUUUAUUUUUCCUUCGGCAUCCAUCCAGAGUAACCGUUGUAUGUAAAGUCUGCCC